UGGACUUUGAGCCGAGCUUUUAAUCCCGAGAAGGGACAGGUUGCUGAGGCUCGUGUCUCACGCAGUUCCAGGCGGUCCGUGUCUCGCCCCAGGAAGGGCCGCAGCUCUCCGUCCAGCCGAGCCGGGAUGGCGGCGCUGGUGUCCGUCCUGCCUUCCCCCCGGUGCCUGUUCGAUGAGCCCGUGCAGAUCCGUGUGGCCGGUCUGCAGCCGCAGCAGGCGGUCACCCUCCGAGCCAGCCUGGUGGACGAGAGCGGAGAGCUUUUCCAAUCCCACGCUCUCUACAGAGCUGGGAGCAGCGGGGAGCUGGACCUCAGCCGCUCCCCGGCGCUGGGGGGCAGCUAUUUGGGAGUGGAGCCGAUGGGGCUGCUCUGGACUCUGCAAACCAAAACGCCCUAUAAGCGGCUGGCAAAGAGGAACGUCCUGACCCCUUUCUGUGUGGACUUGGAAGUGUAUGAGGGCCAUGGGGAUACGAGCCGCUUGCUGGGAAAAUGCACCAAUGAACGAUGGUUUUUAGGAGAGGGGGUGAAGAGGAUUUCGGUCAGAGAAGGUCGUCUCAGAGCAACCCUCUUCCUCCCUCCUGGACCUGGCCCAUUCCCUGGACUUAUUGAUUUGUAUGGAUCUGGAGGAGGUCUUAUUGAAUACAGGGCAAGUCUCCUGGCUAGCAGAGGCUUUGUGACUCUGGCUCUUGCUUACGUGUCCUUUGAAGAUAUCCCUGCUUUGCCAAAGAUCCUUGAACUGAGCUAUUUUGAGGAGGCUGUGAACUUUUUGCGUAAGCAGCAGCAGGUGAAAGAUACUGGCAUUGGUGUUUUGGGCUUGUCUAAAGGAGGUGAACUAGCCCUUUCCAUGGCCACAUUUCUACCUGGCAUCAAGGCAGCUGUCAGCAUAUCUGGAAGUAGUUUUAAUUCCUUUGUUCCUCUGAAGGGGGAUGGCUUCACUAUUCCUGUCCACCCAUAUGACUUAGGGAGGAUGAAGAUCAUUGAUGAGUCUGGAGUAGUAGAUUUUUCAGAUGUCUUUGACGAUCACAUGGAUCCAGCAACUUGGGAUUGUCGAAUUCCUGUGGAGAAGUCCUUAUCCAAGUUCCUCUUGCUGUCUGGACUGGAUGACAUGAACUGGAAAAGUGACCUCUAUUGCCGAGAUGCUGUUCAGCGCCUUCAGCAGCACGGCCGGGAGGUGGAGUUUUACUCCUAUGCUGGAGCAGGGCACCUCUUGGAGCCACCAUACUUGCCUCUGUGCAAAGUUUCAGUCCACAGAGUGCUUGGGAAGUUGAUGCAUUGGGGAGGGCAGUGGAGAGAGCAUGCUAAAGCCCAAGAAGAUGCAUGGCGCAGGAUACAAGCCUUUUUCUGGCAACAUUUGAUGGACUCAGACAUCCCUAAGAGCAAACUGUAGUAGAAGCUGCCAUAGAUGCUGGCCAGAGAUGGUAUUUCAGCACUCACUGGAUCUUGGAAACUCACCAGAAGUUUCCUGGACUGCCUUCCUCUAAACCCCACUGUUGCAUAGUUGUUUGUUUUCAUUCCCCAAAUAAUUUCCCAUUUUUUAGUUGAAUUUCAGUUGACUUCUGACCCCAGCUUCACAGUAGAUUGGCACCAUCUGUGCUGUAGUCUAAAAACAACCCAGCAUCCCAUCAUCUAAAUCACAUUUAUGCUGAGCUAUCUUUGCCCUCAAUCUGCCACCAUCUCCUUUCAUAAGAGGAAAUACUCUCACAGGAGGAGUUAUCCAUUGAAUGAUAGAGUCUUGCACCUCUAACUAACCUAGAUAUAAACAGCAGUUUUGUUGGACAACACUGUAGUGCACUCAUCUUUCCUCCUGGUAUAUUGCUUUCUCCCAUUUUGUAGUAAAAAUGUUGCAGUAGUUCUGAUCUCAGCUAAGGGAAGAGGCACUCUCCUGGCUUAAUCUGAAGUGCAGUGAUAAUUUUUUUUUUUCUGGUACCUCAAAACCCAGAAGUGAAUCUUACCCAGGUUACCCUGGUUGUAUCUCCUGCUGAGUCCAUAUAAGUUCCAUAUUAGGGUAAAGUUUUCGCUGUACUACUCAGCAAGUGCAAUGUGCAGUGUGUGCACAGUUUGCUUGAGAUUAUCUGAAUGAAGCCUUCGACCAUCGGAGCACCUGCCAAUACAAUAAGGAACAAUCCUGGUGUGGCCACUAGCUGUUAGUUCACUCAAUUGAAGAGGUCAUGAGCAGAAGUCCUCCCCUCCUGUUGGGAAGACAAGUGAUGGAAUCUGCGGUUUUGCACAGCGUUCAACAUGGAGGUGAUGCAGAUGUGCCAAGUACUUGCUCUCAUAUGGUGAAAGUUGCCUCCAUGUUGGUGGGAACAGUGAAGCCACUGCUGCUGAGUUCCCAGGAGCCCAGUGAGGUGGGCUGCCUCAGUGGUCCUGCCACUGUAGCAGAUGUCUGUGGGCUCCGUGAUAGCUAAGAAAGGCCACUCUUCAAGAGAGGACUGACCUCACCUUCUGGGAAGAAUGGGCAUUUUCUUACCCUUUACCAGUGUCCAAACCUGCCAAGGAGGGGGGCUGUAAUCUACCUUGUGCUUUUGUGGGGUAGUGGCAAACAGCAGCUACACACCAAAUAGCAUCAGUGGAGCAGAUUCUCCUUCCUGGAGCAGUCAAAACUCACGCCCUGACAGCAGAAGCAAGCAGGAGCUGGAAGUCUCUGUAUUGCACUGAGGUAGAAAAAUUCUUGCCUUUGACAGUGUAGUGUGGUAUUCACAUGCCCUCUGAACAGAGAUAAACUGUGAGACAAGCAGAGAAGAAGGAAAACACAAUUCUUAUCUCGCUUGCUGUGCCUGUGUUGUGCUAAAGUAGAAUGCAAUAUGGAGAUUGUUGACCCAAAGUGAGGAUGUUUUGUUCCCUUGGCCAAGAAGUGUGUGUGUGUGUGACUGUCAUGGGACAGUCAUAAGAGAGUCAAAGAUGAGUGCAGUUCUGUGCAGGUGUGAGCAAGAGUGAAUUCUUGGCAGAUUCAGUUUAGAUGAAAUAUACAUAGUGUAGUAUAAUAAAGUAAUUCAUUUACCUUCUGA